GCGUUUUUACUUCCGUUAAGGAUAAGCACACAGCUCUACAUACCCAUUCAGGGCUGGAAUGGAUAUGCACUGACUAUCUGUAUGGAGUUAAAGCACAGGCUGACGCGGGUCAAUCAGAUUAUAAGGUGAAAUGGAUUGUGACGUCAGGGUUCAGGACGUGUCGCGUUGACUACAUGCAGAGCAGACCGAUCCGCUCCCUUCCCGCAGCAUGAGUCCACAAACACCAACCUGAAGGACAAACAUCUGACAAUGGCCUCUUAUUUAGAGAUAGCUGAUGACAGCAAGGGGCAUGAACUGGAUCUUUUUUGUGUUCCGAAACACUACGAGGAGGAUUUGGACAGCGUCAUAAUACCCAACGGCCUCAUUAAAGAUAGGGCUGAAAGGUUGGCGAGAGAUAUUGUUCGAGACAUGGGUGGACAUCAUAUCGUUGCUCUGUGUGUUCUGAAAGGAGGAUAUAAAUUCUUUGCUGACCUGAUGGAUUACAUCAAAACACUGAAUCAGAACAGUGACGAGUCUGUUCCAUUGACUGUGGAUUUCAUUAGACUAAAGAGCUACUCAAACGACGAGUCAACCAACUGUGUUAAAGUUAUUGGUGGAGAUGAAUUGUCUGCUCUGGCUGGCAAAAAUGUGCUCAUAGUUGAGGACAUUGUAGAGACAGGAAAAACUAUGGAAACACUUCUUAAACUAUUAAAUGAAUGUCGUCCUAAAAUGGUGAAAGUUGUCAGUUUACUUGUGAAAAGGACACCCAGGAGCUCGGGAUACCGUCCGGACUAUAUUGGAUUUGAAGUUCCUGACAAGUUCCUGGUGGGAUAUGCUUUAGACUACAAUGAAUAUUUCAGGGAUUUGAGUCAUAUCUGUAUAUUAAGUGAAAAGGCAAAAGAGAAAUAUAAAGAAUGAUGUGACAAGUGCUGGACACACGAGAACAAAGAUCACUGUGAACUUCUCUCCUCGCUUCUUUGGUUGUAAAUUGAAUUUAUUUUUGUACCUGUGAUCUGAAAUCAAUAGUGAACUUGUACAGCAUGGAUCUCCACAGAUAAAUGAAUACACUUGUAGUGAUGGGAUGAAAGAUGAUGCAUUUUUGUUUAAAUUAAUAAUCUAAUUUUAAUUGUGAUGCUACUUAAUUUGAUAAAAACAUGGUGAUUAUGGGCAGAGUUGCCAUACAGAAUGGAGUUUUCACUGAACGGAGGCCUUUUGAGAUUAAUUGAUUUUAUGUUUUAUGCACAUCCCUUUGGCAGGACAAGAAGUUUAGACCUGUGUAGUUGUGAGAUUGUUAAUAAUUUAGCGAAUUAUUGUUAUUUAUUUUAUAUUCUCUAGAUAUUCACCUGAGUAACUUCGGAAAUAUACCCAUGCACUGAGACACUGAAUGUGCAGUUGAUAAGGAUGUGGUUGUGGCUUCUUUGGAUACCACAAUAAUAAAAUAACACUGAUAUUAACAUUUGUUUUAUGUCCUGUUUGUUAUCUGUGGAUGUAAAUCUGAGAAUACAUUCAGUCUGAUGAGCUGAAUUUUAUCAUUGUAUAAUCAAUGAUAAGAAAUAAAUAAAUAAAAACACUGAUCCUAACACCUCAAGACUGCAUAAGGUAUUUGUAAAGUUUUUCUACUUGUGUAAAUUGAUUGGCCCAAGCAAAGUGACUCAUUUGCAUGGUAAUUGUUAAGCAGACUUUUGGCAUUAAAACUUUGAAAGUGUUGCACUGCUGUUCACUUGCCAACUCGUUUUAAACAUUGCCUUCCAAAUAGCUACAUCACUUAAUCUACAAAAUGAAUACAUGCCAUGUACUACUCAUAACUAACUGAUAUUGGAAUUGUGUUAAUGCUGUAUAGCUGGAGAACUGACUCCACAAGCUGUUAACUGGGGACUUUGUAAUUUAUUAGAUUACAGAAUUCGAUAUGAUUUUCUGUAAAGAUGCUUAGAAACUGUGUAUUGUGAAAAAUGCUA